CUGUUGCAAAGGGUCUGGUCAGAUAGCCAAGCAGCCACGCCCCGGUAUGCUCACGAUGAUUUCAACUGAUAAAUGUAUUCCUGGCACCGGAUGUGACCACCCAGAUUCGCAUGCUCAGCUACAAAACCUUUGCUCAACGCCACUUCAGCCUCAUUAACUCCAGCCUCGUCAAAGCACCGUCAACAUCCCUUCAGCGUUUCAGCUCAAUAUGCGUCUUUCAUCUCUCCUUCUCAGCGCAUGCACUGUGAGUGCCGCACUGGCCGCUAGCAUUCCUUCUCGCGCCGCUAGCAUUGCUUCUCGCGAGGAGGAAGAGGAAUGGGAUGGUGUCGCCUAUGUCCGCGGUGGCGACGCCGCCUACUACGUCCUUGGAAUUACACCGCCCGGGCAGGCCAAAAUCAUCGCAUACUGGCCGACGGGAACAGCGUGGUUUGUACGGCCGAUCGAGUUCGCCAUAUCGGCAGGCUAUGCCUGCUACUUUUACAAAGAGACGCCUUAUGGCCCCGGCGAACGCAUAGGCGAAUUCCAGGGCCCCAUUCAAGCGAGCUUUGACGACUUCUUUGCGGCGUUUUAUUCUUGCUGGCGCGUUGUUCUGGAUAAUCCGUCGUAG